AGCAUUUCUCAUUUUCUCACCGCCGCUUUGAACUUCCAUGUUUUUCUUCCUACGAAAUUCGUCUCCUUUGUUUUCAAUAACUCGCUUGAGCUCUUUCUCUGUUAUACACGUUAGUGUAAACAUAAAGAAUAACGCCGAAAAAGACACGACUUUGUUGUUGUUGUUUUUUUUUUCUAAAAGUCCCGGCGGCCAUGUGAUUUCCUUCCAAAUAAAACCACAGUUAACUCAGGCUCUGUGAUAGUACCACAGUACGGGUCCAGUAAAGUUAUAGUGUUUGUAUGGGGUAAAAAUACGAACCUAAAAUUUCUAGGAAAUCAGUACUAAAUAGAGAUCAAUGAAACGUACUCUGCAGUUAAUUGUUGUUGUCCUUAUUGCUCCAACGAAGUUUCGUGAUAAUUUGCAGUAAUUUGUUAAAAUUCGCUAGUAAGUAAGUAAGUAAAGACUUUAUUUUAUGAGGGUUAGCACGAAAUAGCCGGGACUAAUAAACUUGUGGCCCUCUAAAUAAUAAAUAAAUAAAUAAAUAAAUAAUACAAUAACAAAUGAGUAUACUAAGCUAUAAAAAAUACAAGGUAAAAACCAAAGAAUACAGAUACUAUAGAAUCUACUAAAUAAUUUAAAAGAUAAAAUACAGCAUUAUAAUCACUCUAUAUACAAUAAUAAUAUACAAGGUACUAGGAGACACGAGAUGCCAUUUUCGCCGACAUGCUCUCAUUCGACACAACGUUUUCCACGAAAUUCGAACUCCAACAGAAAAUAAACAUGCCAGGAUCGUAGAAAUAGGAUAGCAGCAGAUAUAGAAACCAAUGAAGCUUUCCCAGAUAGAGAAACGAAUCCCACAGACUUGACAAACUCGAAGGAGAUAAUCUAAACAGACCGGCGAGAAUAUGCUCGCCGAAGCAGCCGGGCCAUACCAACGCGCGGCUAAGAAAAUGAGGCCUGGGCACUGUACAAAAAAUUCCAUCCCGGGAGUCCUGAGGUGACCUUUCUGGGGACCGAUACAUCAUUUGCCCAAAGCCACUCUACCCUGCUGAAAAAAUACUUGAUAGAAGGCAAUUGUUUUUCCUAGCCGUACCACCCUGGCCUGUUAUAAAGAUAUUAUGUCCCUCUCGAACUAUAUUCAGCACCUGGAGCUGGUCCUUAGAAAGUCUAUAAAACAUCAAUAGGGCAAAGGAAAUAACAACAAAAGAGGAUUUACAAAACUUAAAACGAGCAAAAGAUAUAAGUGAAUUUUGGCUCUUACCGCGGCAUUUGUACAAUGGGACCAAAUUCAAAGAAAGGUGUCAAGAUGGUUCACAUUUUUAACUGAUAGAACGUCCGGUUGUAUUGACAAGAAAGUCGGCGUGUUACGACCGCAUUAAUCGCUAAAUAUGUUAAUCGUGCUAGUUCUUUGUUUACUGGUGCACAUGCCUUUCACAUUCGUCUCAGUCAUCGCAAUUCAUAUUCUGUUGGAAUUUUCCGUAUGAUUUUUGACAUUAUUUUGUAAGCUUCACCGUUUAUUUACGAUCGUUUCGCUCGAGAGUUCACAGCAACAGUAUCUCAGUCAUCAUCUACCUCUUGUUCAACCUCGUUUUUAGCCCACCUUGUAAGUAUUUCGCGUUAUUUCAUAGUUUCGUUACUGUUAUUUGCGUUCGUUAGUAAAAGAAAUGGGGCGCCUUGUAACUCGGCAGACAAUCCUGGUUUUAUUUUUUUUUUCCAUUUAAAUUUAGGCGCGUGUGCGGGGUUUCCUCUGGCGAAUUGUGAUUGGCUAGGAAGAACAAUCGCCUUCUAUCAAGUAUUUUUUCAGCAGGGUAGGGUGGCUUUAAUUUGGGCAAAUGAUGUAUCGGUCCCCAGAAAGGUCACCUCAGGACUCCCGAGAUGGAAUUUUUUGUACAGUGCCCAGGCUUCAUUUUCUUGGCUGCGCGUUUAUAUGGCUCGGCUGCUUCGGCGAGCAUAAUUCUCGGUCUGUUUAGAUUAUCUCCUUCGAGUUUGUCAAAGUCUGUGGGAUUCGUUUCUCUAUCUGGAAAAGCUUCAUUGGUUUCUAUAUCUGCUGCUAUUCUAUUUCUACGAUCCUGGCAUGUUUAUUGUCCGUUGGAGUUCGAAUUUCGUAGAAAAAGUUGUGUCGAAUGAGAGCAUGUUGGCGAAAAUGGCAUCUCGUGUCUCCUACCUUGUUCCGUAAAAUUCCGAAAAUAAGCCCCGGGGCUUGUAUUUUUCAAAGGCCAUUUUUGAGGGGCUUAUUUUUGGAGGAGGUUAUAUUCGGAGGGGCUUAUCUACGGAGGGAAAUUUGCGUUUCAAAAUCGAUUGAGCUAGCCUUAUAGUUGGAAGUAAAUUGACCGUUUUACUUUGUAUUUGAGGACAAUUUUCCAAGUACAACCCCCGGGGGGCUUAUAUUUGGAGGGGCGAUUUAACGGAGGGUUUUUUGCGUUACCGGUUUGGGUCGCUUAUAUUUGGAGGGGCUUAUACAUGGGAGGGGGGGGCUUAUUUUUUAUUAUUGUAUAUAGAGUGAAUUUGAACAAAUUACUGCAAAUUAUCACGAAACUUCGCUGGAGCACUAAGGACAACAACAAUUAACUGCAGAGCAAGUUUCAUUGAUCUUUAUCUAGUAUUUCCGAGAAAUUUUAGGAUCGUAUUUUUACCCCAUACGACCACUGUAAUUUUUACUGGAACCGUACUGUGGUACUAUCACAGAACCUGGGUUACCUGUAAUAAAACGUUGAGUUGCAUUUGGGUUGCCAUACCUGUUGAUUGAGUUAUUUUACAUUGGUAUGCUUGUGGUAAGGACGGACGGUCGCUCGCUCACUAGCUCGGUGUACGGUCAGGUGAUUACCACAUUUUCUCGGAUACGGUAGGUAGAUUACCACAUUUCCCAGACCUCUACCUCGAUAAAAUUUAUUUGUUUUCGUCCCAUCUUUGUUUAGAGGAUAUUCCUUUCUGAUUCGGCAGCCCACCGGUACCGCCCCAAAUGCGAAAUUAAUUUCUUCUAUUUAUUGAUUUAUGACUUUUCACAGGUGCAUCUGUUUAUCGAGUUGGAUUGGAAAAGGCCUUUGAUCUGUUGAAAGCUUCUGCUGUUGGUGAAUCUGACAAAACUAAGAGGAGAAUCAUUUUAUUUCUCACGGCUGGUGAUCCAACAGAUAAUAGAGGUCUGAUCUUCAAAACGAUAAGAGACAGGAACUUGGAGCUUAACAACUCCGUCAUAAUUUUUACGUUUGGAAUUGACACGCCUAACCCUGAAAUCCUCACAGACAUUGCCAUUCAAAAUACAACAAAGUACGGCUAUCCGCGAAAUGUGUCCGUUGGAGAUAUAACGGUAAAGUACAUGUAGACCAGUUAUUUACAUUUCAGAUUUGCAAAGGCAAAUUCGCUUCCGGAGGUACUGAGCUUCUUUGUCAAGUCUCAGACGCAGUGUGUAUAAUAUAACGACGUUUUUGGGUUUUAACGCAGCGGCUACGAAGUUUUGAGAAAAACUACAGCCAUUGCUCAGCAUUCGCCAGAUAAGAAACGAGAAGAAAACCAGACCGAUUUAAUUGUGUAUAGAUUUGUGGGAUUGCUACUAGGAACAGGGAAAAAAUAGGCCAUUUCCAAGUUCCCCCGGGCCUCUGUAUCAAAACGAGGUUAAGUGCUCAGCCUUUGAUAUGGAAAUUAUUUUCAUUCUCAUGCAAAUAAAACUCAUUUUCACAAGAAAGGUUGUGCACUUGGCCUCAUUUUGAAAGUGAGGGUUUUUGGAACUAGGAAGUGGCCUAUUGGCUUAUCGCGUCCUUAUUAACGAUCCCAGAAACAAUUGCGGGGCUCAUUUCAGCUCCAGUUUCCUUCUCAUUUCUAAAGUGGCAAAUAAACAUGCAUGAACAGCUACUUUUUUUUUUUUUUUUUAAAAAAUCACUUUCUGCCAUGGGGCGACAGAAACCCGUCGUCAUAAGCCUAGCGUCUUAUCUAGAAGCUAAGGGGUUUCUCGUCAAGGUUUGAAGGCGGUAAAGCGCUCAAAAGCAUAGUUUAUUUUUACACUUGUCACGUUCGUGAUUGUGCGUCUUAAGAUGGUUCAGUUGAAAAUAUAGCUAUACUUUUGAUUUCAAUUAAGCUUUCCUGAAAGAGUUUUCUAAUAUUUAAUUAGUUGUCGUUGUAGGGUGAAAGAUUUUCAAUCUAUAAGGGCCUGUUUACAUGGAGGUGAGGGACCCCAGGCAGGUGAGGUAACACGCUUUGGUGGGGUAACCCGCCUGUUAUGUAAUCUCUCAUUUUAUUUUGAUCACGUUUACAUGAUAGGUGGAGUGACCCGCCACACGUUACCUCACCUACCUGGUUCCCCCUCCUCCAUGUAAACAGGCUCUUAGUCAAAGCUUUUUCUCCGUUUUUCCCUAUUAGCAUGGACAGUACACAGCAGUCACCGAAGAUAUUAACUCGCUGCGAACUAAGAUGGUAUCGUACUAUAACUUUCUUCCUCGAGCGCGGCUGGAUCAACCAAUAGUGUCUGUCCCGUAUAUUGAUGCAUUUGGAACAGGUAUUGUUUGUCUCUUAACUCCUCUCUCCCCCUCCCACCCACUCCUCACCCCCUACUACCACAACAUUAAAAAACUAAUAUUAAUAGGAUAAAAGAUACUUCUUAGUUUGACUCAAAAUGUAAGUUUUUAUGUCAAAUUUAUAGUUUCACAUAUUGCAAUACAAAAUUGCCGUAGCAACGUUUCGAAAAGGCCAGGACCAUAUGACGUCAUUGCGAAAUUCAAGACCCGCGAAUCAAAUCCUCGCAGAAUUUAAACACGCGAAGUUUUAUAUCCAUUCAGAAAAUCGAAAUCACAAAAUUUCAAGUGGAUUAACAUGUAAUAACAAAAACACAAGGAUAUGGUAAUCGACAAAUACAAAGUGAUAACUUAGUUUACUGGUAGGUUCCAUUUUAUUAUUUUAUUUUGUGUAAAGUAACGGUAGUAGAUUUCACGUAUGGAGUAUAGACUACAACUAUUAAAUUCAUCUUUUAAACUAUUAAAAUAGCUAGAUUCCAUCGUACAAAUCCCUCAGAAUAUCUCUCACGCAGUUAUCAAAAUAUAAUUGCAAUUAAUUGGUUCCUCGUAGUUCUCAUUAACAAGUUUCUUGUAACGUUCCAACAUUAAAACGUUUUUCAGGUCGAGUCUAGUUCGAAGCAAACAUAGUCAAUAACGUGAAAUUGUUAUGAAUCCUUUCAGAGUCCGCUGUUAUAUGUUUCUGUAGGAGAGAAAAAUGGGGCAUUAUUCUCUCUUGGUUUUGUUAGCUUAUUUUAACUUGACGGGUACACAACUUUCAAUUGGUUUCAUUUUUGGUCCUAUUGACCAAUAGAAACGUUGCACUAAUUUUUCAGUUACAAUAAAAUAAGUUACAAAUAUGAACAAAAAACAAAAGAUUGUGCACCGUCAGCAAGUUGCAUGAACGUACUUGAAUUGCAAAAUGUGAUGCCCUUCUCUCAUAUUUCCCUAUUCAAGAAAACGCGAAGAUAUACCCAACAAAACACUGUCCCGCCAAAAUCGCGAAGUUAAGUACCUGUGAAAUUAACUGUACCAAUGAGGUACUUGGUGACGGGGGACAGGUAAUAAUGUGUGGUCGAAGAAUGAAAGAGCUAGAGGAACAUUUUGUUUUUCUCUCGUCAGGUCUUUUGAUGUCGAUCACUCUUCCAUGCUACGAUGAAACAGGAAACUUCAUUGGCGUAGCAGGGACGGAUAUCAACCUGGAGGACCUUCUAUCUGAAAUCACAUUCUUCAAUCAGGACCAGACAACCUACGCUUUUAUGAUCGCUAAAACAGGAAGGACCUUAAUUCACCCUCUUCUUCCAGCACCUUCUGGAGCGUAUGAAGACCCUUUUUUCAUAGACAUUAGGACCCUGGAAACUGAUUCGAAGUUCCUUGAGGUGUUUGCUUCUAUGACAAGGUAUACAUGCAUGUGCAUUCGUUGUAGCUAGUCGCUCUUAUGGCUCUUUUCUUUUGCGUGUUUGUGUCAGUGGCCUGAACCCAUGAACAAGAGAAUGCUAGGUGAGCUGGGAAAGACGUGGAUGUUUCGUGACGUCAGGGACGUAGUAAUGUGUGUAAAUCUGUAUAAAUUUCUAGGUGUGAAAACGACGUUCUUUGCUAUGAGCGCUAUAACACUGGGAUUAAAGGACCUCUAGUCCUCGUUUUCCUGCCUCGCCUGGAGAUUAGGGUGGGGUUGGGCUGACACUUAUGCCUUUAGAACGUGAAUGAAGGUGAAAUGGUGACGAUCUUUGCUUGUUUGCUUUACACCUUUUUUGGCUUUGGUGACUCUUCUGUUUUAAACAAACAGGGGUGAAUCUGGAUCAACAACUUUCGUAGCCACACGGUAUUUAUCUCGCGGAGGUGACAUCGAAGACGGAGUGCUGGUAAAGCAGCUUAAUUCAUCUUAUUUUUGGUCUCCAGUGGAAAAGACGGAUUUUUCCAUUGGUGUGGUUAUACCUGUUACCCAUGUAAACGAGGUGUUAAACACAUUACAAAUUCCCAUAGGUAAGGAUGGUUUCAGUUUAACAAGUUUAACAAGUUGAACAAGUUUAAGUCAUCAUCGUCCUUCAAUUCCCUUCUUGUCCCCUAAGGAGAGGCCAGAUGUCAGUGAACACAAGACAAGACAAGACAAUGUUUUAUUUGGAGUCUUAUACAGUCCUUAUACAGUUUUUGUAUACCUACUUUAUCCAAAUAAUUUAAAAUCAUAACACAAAUUGCACACUAGUGGAACUAUAAUCAAUAUUAACCUAAACAACUAAUGAUCUUCUUUUCUCAUAGCAGUCGAAUACGUAUUUUGCAAUUAGCUUUUGUACUGGUUUGUUCUUGGUCGGAGGGUUUAUUAACAAGAGAAAAACAUUGUCUGGUACCAUUCUGUUUUCUGAUAAUCUGUAUUCUUUGUUUAAGUAUUCAAAUAAAGUACUUCUUUUUUCUUGAUACACAGGGCACAGAGUUAAAAAGUGUAUUUCAUCUUCUACGUCUUUUUUACAAAUAGGACAGAUCCUCUCUUCCGGUUUCUUAUAAGGUCUUAGAUACCGACCUGUCUCUAUCGCCAAUUUGUGAUUACUUAGACAGAGUUUAGUUAGAGUUAUCCGGUGUCGGACGUUGGUGACCUGACGGAGAGAAUCUUCACAAAAAUCGCUAGUUGUGAUGGGGUGGUGGUGGUGGUGGUGGUGGUGGGGAGGUGGGGAAGGGGGGUUAUGCUUGGUGCUAAUGGUUCAUUGUCAUAAACGUAUUUUUGCCUCCAUUGAUUUAGGUUAUUCUUUCAAGUAUCAUCGAAUAGACUUGGAUCCACCUCAACAUCCUUGCUUGCAUUUUGGAAAGACUGUAACUAGCGGUGAGUAUAAUUAAAGUACUGUUAUAUAGCUUGUAAAUAGGGAGUUUGAAUCAUUAUUUCCUUUAUGCCUUGUAGCUUCUUUGAUCCGUAAGCACCCUGCAAGAAGAGCCUCCUUUUGUCUGCUUGAGCGGGGAGGAGAAAAUGAGGCUCUGCCUGAAUCGCGUGAAGCCUUUAAUGGAAGCAGCCGUAGCCUGAACUUCUGGGCCACUCAGUCUUGAUUUUCCCUCGUCAAACCGGUUUUUUGGGUGAGAGCAUUCGUUUAAGAACAAAAUAGACUGUUUUAACUGAGCUCACUGUAUCAAGCGGACGGCUAUUAGGCCUGGGUUUGAAACUGUAUCCCAGCAACGAACAACUCAUGAUCAAUAAAGAUUAAAGCAGACUCUCUCUCGAGUUCGCCAAAAUCGAGCAAGAGAGCUAGGGAACAUGAAAGAAAGGCUCUGCUGGAAGAGUAAUCCGUUAGCUAACGCGUCGUUGGAUCAUGAAUUUAUGUAGCUUAAGUGUCUGUCUUUUUUGUAAAGAGGCUAUGACCAUAGGAAUGAUAGAAAAAAAAUAAUGAUCCGAUCUUUAUUUAUUAGCAUUGAUAGUUAAAAAGUGCAUCAUCAUUAUCAUUUUUAUCAUUUUAUUUAUCAUUGCCACGACAAACGGAAAUCGUUAAUUUAUACGUCACCAUCAUCUCCUUUUACAUUUUAUCUGCACAAAAAUAAGUAUUUUCUGGUCAGUUUCCUCCAUAAGUGUUGUUUUAAUCUGCUCAUUUCCUGGGUUGUAAAAACAGCUGAGGAAAUAUUUAAUAAUGAUAAAAAUAAUAAUAAUAAUAAUAAUGGUAAUAAUAAUAAUAAUUAUUGUUAUUAUUAUUAUAUUUAUUUAUUUAUUUUACAAUAACAGGAGCUCCUGACAAUAACUGAGAUACUUCUUCCGCGCUGAUUGGUCGAGACCUAAUCAGUCGAUUAGAGUAUAGACCGGCCAUGGAAAUGACAUGAUGGUGGCGCAAUUUCAUUUUUGAGUGCGAUAUUUUCAGAGAUGAAACUUAACUUCAGCGAAAGUGGACGUCAAAACCUGUCAAUGUGAAGAAACAAAUUGACAAUUUUUAUGGUCCAUACUCUUAUCGACCAUAGAAAUGACGUCAUAGAGUUCAAAACAUAUCUGCAGUGAAACCACCCGACUGCGGCUUGUGGGAUCACUGGAGUUUAGCUAUUCGACGUCAUUACUGUGGUCGAUAAACCGGAUCUUUUAAUGCACUGAACCUAAUCCUUCAAUUAAGUAAAUGAAAAGAUCACGACGUUUGAGUCAAUUUAAGUCAUUUCGAGUGGCCCACAUGAGAAUUUCGGCCGAGGAGCGAUUUCGUUUCAAACGUCGAACUUUUCAUGUGCCGAACCUAAUGCAUAAAUUACUAUCAUUUAUCUUCACUGAUAAACAUAUAUAGCGUGAAAAUGAAUCAACCGUGGAACGUUUUUAUCAUGUGGGUCGACCCAAAUAGCUAUUAAGUUCGGUACGUAUAACGUUCGACGUUUGAACUUCAAUAGUACAGACCACUGGAAAUUAAAAAAAAUUAAACGAGACUUACUUGGCAGUUAGCGUUUGAUUGUAAUUACACCAAUCCAUUGAGUCAGAAGGGGAUUACGUGAGAUUGCGCGACCUGCCAGCUCAGCUCAAUGCGUUCUUGCUCAGCAAAGCGAUCGGAGGUUUCAUUUGACUCUCUCUGCCUGCGUUAGAAAUUUGGAAGAGUACCACUCCAACGGACGCUACACCGUAAGAGAGGAACAAAGUUUUGGAGGUUUUUAAGACACACGUGGUCUGUAUUGGUGAAAUCACUAGAACCACAAGCGACGUUAUAGUACAUAUAGAUUUCGGAGACUUGGCGGGAAAUCAUGAAGUCUUGUCUUUAGGGCCAGAAAUUGGAAGCAAAAAAGGGAAAAUUUCCAAUCGUGAAGGGAAUGACUCCCACCAAAAAGUAACAAAGCCCAGGGGCAGGAAAGUGACUGAAACUCCUAAAAGCGAAAGAAAGCCAAGGAGAAGCAUGGUGAACAGAAUACGACAAGCGAAUUAUUAUUUCGCCGCCGUCAGCAAAGGUUGACUCACCGCAGCCCACUAUACAUGACACAUUGCAGGUGACAAUGCAAGCUGUUGUCGUUCACCUUGCGAAUAUCUGACAAGAAGAGAAAGCUCGAAAGAGUAUAAAAAGGCCAGCACUCUCAGAACAGCUGGGCAGGUCGCGCAAUCUCAUGUGAUCCCCGAGUGACGUAAUGGUGAGGUAGAAUUAUUGUCGAUUUGUUAAAUUGUUCCCUUCAUUUUGUUCACGUAGAUACAACCGUUGUAAAAUUUGCCCCAAUGGCAUUUAUGGACCCUUACAGAUAUAUUGGCAUGAACGAAACCAUAAUUGACGUGAAGCAGCUUCAUGAUUUUAUGUUGGGAAAAACGACUUCGAGUGAAUAUCAAAAGUUAAGACCAGACAUCCGUGACACCGUCAUCGCUACUUGGAAGGCGGAAAAGCUAUGGCUACGUAAUAAAACUGAGCUUACUCAAUACUUGGUUUGGCGAUACGUUGGAACAGCCAAUGGAGUUUUUAGAGUGACUCCUGGUGCUGUGGAGCAACAAAGCUAUGACCCCAGAAAUAGGCCUUGGUAAGUGUGUAUACUUACUUGUUGGUCGGUGUAAGGUCACGUUAUUACCAAAUUUUCUGGGAGGGGUAGAUUUACUUAGCUAUGGGGCUCCGAAGCGCGCUUGGAGCUCCGUUAAUAAUAAUAAUAAUAAUGAUAAUAAUAAUAAUAAUAAUAAUAAUAAUAAUGAUAAUAAUAUCAAAGCAGCAAACACUUGGGCUGUGUCGCUCAUGAGGUAUGGAGCAGGAACAAUUAAAUGGAAUAAGGAGGAACUUCAGGAAAUAGAUAGGAAAUCUAGAAAAAUCAAGACAAUGAAUAAGGAGCUACAAGCUAGAAGUGAUGUUUCCAGAAUAUACGUACCCAGAAAGAAGGGAGGAAGAGGCUUGAUCAGUGGUGAGAGCUGCGUGAGGAGAGAAGAGAACAACUUGAGUUGGUAUGUGAGAAAUAGUGAAGAGGCAUUACUCAGGAAAGUUGGAGAUAGCAAUGUAGUCAACAUAUCAGAGGCUGUGGACCCAGAGGAGUACAAAGUGGAUGAAUUAAAGGAGACGGAGAAUGAAUGGAAGCAGAAAAGAUUGCAUGGGCAGUAUGUGAGAGAAAAGGAAGGUAUUGACUGGGAUAGAACUUGGCAGUGGUUUGCAAAAGGGAGGUUUGAAAGGAUGUACUGAGGCCCCGAUAUGUAGCGCCCAGGAACAAGCUUUGAGAACAAAUUAUACGAGAUUUUAUAUCGAUCAAACAGCAGAAUCCCCUUUGUGCAGAAUGUGCGGAAGGGAGAAACGGUGGCCGAUGUGGUAGGUGAGUGCGGUAAGCUGGCACAGACAGAAUAUAAAGGAAGGUAUGAAAACAUGGCAGGGUAUAUUCACUGGCAACUUUGCGGUAAAUGCGGAUUGGAAAGAGCUAAUAGCUGGUAUGAAAAGAAGCCGGAGGGAGUGGUGGAAAGUACAUGAAAACUUCAAGAUACUGUGGGAUUCCACAGUGCAGUGUGAUCGGAAAAUUGAAGCAAGAAAACCAGACAUUGUCUUUAUUGAUAAGAAGGAGAGAGUGGUUAUCAUAACUGAUCUUGCCAUCCCAGGUGAUGACAGGGUGAAAGGUAAGGAACUUGAGAAGUUAGAGAAAUACCAACUAUUGAAAGAUGAGAUUGCAAAAGUCUGGCGCAUGCGAAAAGUUAUUGUAGUGCCUGUUGUCAUUAGGGCCCUUGGAGCCGUAUCAGUCAACUUUAAGGAGUACAUGAAGCGAAUCGGCGUGAACGUGUGGUUGGAAGUUAUCCAGAAAACAACAUUGUUGUGGACAGCAAAGAUACUAAGGAAAGUACUGUCCCUGUACGAACAACGAAAAGAGAGACUGGAACCCGUUGUGACUUCUUGUAACCCGCUCCCAAGGACUAUAAACCAGGCUGAACAUCCUGCCUGAGUCUACAAGAAACGGACACAAUAAUAAAACCGCGUAAUGCUGACGCAUAAUCGUUCGAGCGCGCGCUAGUUUUGGUCAGGCCUGUAAGAUGUUAGGGUUUGCGAAACACGUGUUUCUAGUUUGAGAGAUAUUAUUUUUUUCCCCUGCAGGUAUCACGCUGCGGUAAGUCACUCAGGCUACCUUACUCUCACAACUCCGUAUCUGGAUAUGGGAGGAGCUGGGGAAGUUAUUACCGCUGCUCGUUCUUUGUAUCACGGAGAGUCUAGUGAUAAUGUUCUUGGAGUAAUGGGAGCUGAUUUUCCUUUGAGACACUUUUACAGGUAUACGAUGGUAUAAGUGUAGAAUACUUUGUUAAGCUGCUUUCAUGGGGCUAGCUUUUUGUUUCAAACUUUGAUAUGUAUUACAUUGUACAUGUCAGUGCUGAAAUCCCAGAAAUAUACUUUUGCUGACCUUUGUUCAUAUAAUCAGGUUUUUAACAUUCAUUCAAAAUCUUUCUCCGUUAAGUUUCUGAUUGGCUCAAAUCCCCCGAUUGAUUCUUCACAAACAGCGCUAUAGAUGGCGUUGACCAAUUUUGAAAGAUUUUUGCCGAUAUCAAAGAAACUGACAUCAAUUGUACUGAUAUGAACAGAAAAGAGGACAGCGAAGGGGGCGGUAGCUUAGCUGUUUUGAUAGUGCUGGAGAAAAUAGUGGAACUCAUAUGAAGCGAAGAUAAAGAAAGGAGGCGUCUCACCGCCGAUACCCAUUUAUACACAUGGAUAAAUUGAGGCAAGGUCAGAGUAAAACUGUUGCCAAAGAAAACAACGUAAUGACCCGGAAGGGCUGAAAAUCCGCAUCUCAUCAUCUGCAUUUGGAGUCCAUGGAAUAAACUAUUAAGUAUCUGCACCUCCCGUUAAUUCAAGGCAUUUUAAUUACAUCUUUCAGGCUACUUACAACGGUUUAUCCCAAGUGCGCAGAAUCACAGCCGUACUCCUGUUUCAUUAUGGAUCAGUCUGGCUUCCUCGUAAUGCACCCGGAUUUCAUGUUGCCCUCAGCUGAAGCUAUCGAUGUAGAGCACGUUCAUAUCACCCAAAAGGAAAAGAGCAUCGCAAUUGAUUUAAUUAGUCAUGGCUACUUAGUAAAGAGGACGUGUCGAAAUGUGGAAAGUAUAAGAGAGCAGAGCUUUUAUGAACUUCACUUGCCUCCGGAGGGAUUCAGUACAUUACAGUCAAACCAGGGAUGCAAAUAUGAGCUUAGUCAAAUACCUGGAACAAACGUCUACUUAGGUUAGACAACUGAUAUGUUCUUAGUAAUACACAAUAUUUUUGUGCCAAUUGUUCGUUAUAGGAAUGUAGCACCUAUUUGUAAAAGAAAUGGGGUGGGGGAGGGGUAAUAUUUCACACACGUGAGUCAAUUAUAACAAGUGUAUAGAGGAGCAGGGAUGGCGCAGUGGUGAGAGCACUCGCCUUCCACCAAUGUGGCCCGGGUUCGAUUCCCGGACUUGACGUCAUAUGUGGGUUGAGUUUGUUGUUGGUUCUCUACUCUGCUCCGAGAGGUUUUUCUCCGGGUACUCCGGUUUUCCCCUCUCCGCAAAAACCAACAUUUCUAAAUGCUCGAGCGUUUAAUACAUGAGCCCCAGGCUCGGGAGAUUGAGCAACCACUCCUCACGCUAUCGAACUUGAAUAAAAUUAAUUUAAUUGAAUUUAAUUUAAGUAUUCAGCGCUCGUGCGAAGCUCGAUCAGUUUUUUAUGUAAAAUAUAGCAAAGAUAUGAUUAAAGCACCUCACUGUUUCAUGCAUAAAUUGCUUUAACUCUUCCAACUAAAAGUUAGGGUUACUUUAGCAAAUUUAAAAGAAAGAUUUCAGGAAAAAAUUUAUUACAGUUGUACAAGGGUAAGAUUUAAAAACGUCAAGCGACCUUUUCAAAAUGCCGUUCAUUAACAUCAUUAUAUGAGAAAACAUGAUUGGAUGCGCUGGAGCGGAAUAGACGCUUAAUCACACUUGGUAAAAAAAAAAAGAAGAAAGACGAAAAAGUGACCUUCGGAUCUACAAAAAGCUUGCUAAAACAUUAUAAGAUAAGAUAGUGUAGGCACUUACGCUGCAGAAAUGAUAAAGGGCUCCGCUUUUUCCCCAAAAGUUGGUUGAUCACACCGGACUAGUCUUAAAAGGACUCAUUUUCUUGGUCCAUCUUUCAACAAAAUAGUGCCAGAUGCAAGUUAUGUUUACGUCCUUUACGAAACCUUGUAGAAUUAUACUCGAUUAAGCUUUGAUGAUUUAAAACUUUCAGACAUAUUCAAACGGAUCCAACAACAUCUAAACAUGCAUAUGCUAGAUAUUUUAACGGGCUUUGAUAGGGCUUUGUCAUGCAUAGUGAGAGCCAUACUGUUUGUCAAAGCUCAGCUGAAAUUAUAUCUUUAAGUAUUCUUGUUCAUCUUUUCUCGUACUUGAAAUUUUUAAAGACCGAUACCAAAUGAUUCUAUCAAAGCAAUGAUCUCUUUCCAUCUUGGCCGUUUCAAGAUAAAGAUAUGCACUUUAUAGUUGAAGUAUGAGUGGCAGAGUGGUUCAGCCAUUGAACUAUUACUUCAGAAUUUUCUUUAAUUCCAAGGUGCCUUUAGGGUAUUUAAGUAACCAAAAAAAACAUCGUGAUAUAGUUCCCUUUAUAUGUAGUUAAGUAAAGUCAACUUGGCUUCCCUCUCUGCACAGGUAUUGUCGCGCGAGAUUCCCUCUGUGUUAGAUCGUCCUGCUCGUGCUCUUCAGAUAAUGAAUGCUCCGGAUUGCCUGGUUUGAAGUGUGAAUGUCCCUGUACCUCCGCUCUGGAAUUUUUUUAUUGUCGAAGUCAGUUUCCAAACAGCAGGUUAGUCAACAUAAUCCAAAGUCAUUUUGUAUUAAGCCAAAAUGCAGCUUUAAAAGCUCUUUUCAAUAGCAUGCGACUUGGAGUCAAAAACUUAACCAACGGUUGUAAUCUUUGCUUUCUUCAAUCAAAAUUACGACGAAGUGAAACAAUCAAAAUGGAACUAAAUACACCAACCACAACAUAAAGACGCGAACUGAAAAUCGGAUGUUUCCUGAAAGGUCUUCUUCGGUUAUUCAAACGAAAAACUUGAAUGUUGGUUAAUUUUUUUGCUUUAGGGGUCGCAUAUCAUUAUCAUGAACUUCAUUUACAUAGUGAUUAUUCGCUAUUUGUAAAAGGAACCAAUAGAUCUUUACGAUAUUAAACCUUCAUCGAACCAAUAAAGUACUGGUAAAAUAUGAUACAUUACCUCAUAGGGGCGGUGUCGCACUAUUUGCUAUCUUUUUGAAAAGUUAAAAAGUGUCUUCUAAUCAAUUGAAUUCUAAAAGUAAUGGUCCAGUUUUGUGAUUUAGGACAAUAUUUAGGCAUUAAAACUGUUUCUUGUUGUCAGUUGCUGCGGAGGGAAUUAAAGAUGGACAUGCAGGGAUUGAAACUUGAAAAAGUUGGGCUAAGCUUUUGAAGACCAAACGCCUUGCGUGCAAAAAUCACUAAAAAAAUUAUGGCUAGUGCUCCCUGAUUCAGUUUGAUAUCUUCUUCAAAACUCUACAGGAGCAUUUUAUUUAUGGGUAAAGGCACUAGUAAUAACUUCAGCACAGAACUGACCUAAAACACGAUAUAGUAACAUAACAACAUAGUCUCUUACAUUAUUUGCUCUUAUAAAUGGCCAAUAGUAGCAGCUUUUUAGCUAAAGUAGGCAAAUUCCCUAUAAUAGGCCCUUUGCAUCAACUUUCGGUAUACACGAAAACAGUUCAUUUUUGAAGUAUUUCUCAGGACAGAGUGAAAGAGCAUAUUAAAAUUAGGUAACCUGAGAAUUUUCAGCCGUAUAUCUCAAAAGUAGCGAUUGCAACGCUCGCCGAAAGUUAUGAGCAUUUGUAAGAGAAAAACAACUUUUGCCACACGGUCACGCUUGCAUGAAAUAUUUCUUUAAGCAUUACGGGGCUCAAAUCUCCUUUCAAUUCAUAACAGCCCUUAAAUGCGUAAGGGAAAGAUUUAAGGACAGUUUAUAAAUUUUAGAAUUUACAAGGAUUUGUCAGUGAAAAACCACUAAAACGAGACUAGGUGGCAAGAGUUGUUUUUCUCGUACAAAUCCUAAUUUUCGGGCAGCAGUUGCAAUCGCUACUUUUGACAUACAUGGCUUAAUAUGCUCUUUGAGCCCGUGCUACUAAACUUGUUCCAAAGCGAACCGUUCUCGCGUUUACCGAAAGUUGAUCACGUGAUCAACUCAUGUAAAAGGGCCUAUUAGCUGCAACAAACAAUAAGAAUUUCAGUUAGGAACAGAAGAGGCUGUCAAACUCACAAGAUUUUAGGUUAAUUACGCAGGAACAGUUAAUGAUUUUUAGUUAUGAACAAGGCUAGAAUACCCCAUCCUGGGGUAGAUUUAUUGUGUGGUAUAUAUCUAGAGUUUUGUAACUCAAGAUUAGAGUACCUCAUACUCGGGUCAAUUAUAAGUUUUGUAGAGUUUCGGAAUAAGGCUAGAAUGUCUCAUACUCAGGUAGAUAUAACUUGUCAUAUCUGCAGUUGAAUCAUCCGCUCACCUUUUGUAAGAAACUAAUUGACUGAUUUCUUUCCUCUACUUUGUUUUGUAUAGCCUUCCUUUGUGCCCAUCAUUUGCACCUUCAGGACAACCUAACAAUAAUCCUUUAAAUCCCAAAACGAUUUGUCUUAACAAAUGCUUUGAUCCCCAUUGUGAGGGGAGAAACAGUUCCCAUUGGUGUGAUGGGAUAGUACGUUGUUAUUGGUGUCAGAAGGACAAGAACGGCAUAAAACUGGAAAAACCCUACUGCGCAAGUUCCGAACGCUGCUUCAGAGGAAAAGAGUCUGCAACUUAUGAACGUAAGAGCACUUGCUUAAUAGACCUUUCUUCCAUUUGA